UGUGUGUGUGUGUGUGUGUGUGUGUGUGUGUGUGUGUGUGUGUGUGUGUGUGUGUGUGUGUGUGUGUGUGUGUGUGUGUGUGUGUGUGUGUUCUGGAGUUAAAAUGUGGUUUUAUUGUGGUUUUUAGAUCAGUGAAUUUUUCUGAGGAAAUAAAAACUGAAUUAAAAAAACUCACAGAGCUGAAAUAAACUCACGAUUAGAGAGUUCAAGUUUUUUUUCUCUCUCAGAUUAAAGACGUGUGUGUUCUUUAUGAAAUAAAGUUUAUUAUUGUUGUUGUAGUUAUUUUUAUUGUGACGUGUGUUCUUUUGUCAUUCAUGUUUAUUGUUGUUGUUGAAGUUAUUUUUAUUAUGACGUAUAUGUUCUUUUGUCAUUCAUGUUUAUUGUUGUUGUUGUUGUUAUUUUUAUUGUGACGUAUUUGUUCUUUUGUCAUUCAUGUUUAUUGUUGUUGUUGAAGUUAUUUUUAUUAUGACGUAUAUGUUCUUUUGUCAUUCAUGUUUAUUGUUGUUGUUGAGGUUAUUUUUAUUGUGACGUGUGUGUUCUUUUGUCAUUCAUGUUUAUUGUUGUUGUUGUUGUUGUAGUUAUUUUUAUUGUGACGUGUCCCUUCCGUUAAAAUCAGGUGAAGGUUGUCGUUUGUGACGCGACAGCGCGCGCAUUUCUGAGAGCAGCUGUUCAGUGACAGCACUGCACGCGCUGUGCUUCAACACGUACCCCUCUGGUAGGGGCGGGAGUCUACUCUAUACAAGACGCUCCACACCGGGACCCCCAUCACCUGCCGAGCCACCUGCAGCCACAGCACACGGGGCCGCCGGGCACGAUGUCCCGCUCAUUUCUGCAGGGCUACGCCGGGGGAGAAGCGCCCUACCCGGGCCGGAGUGUGGAGAACGGCCUGGAGGAGGAAGAGGAGGAGGAGGAGGAGGAGGAGGAGGACCUGGAGGACGAGGUGGACGCGUCUCGACUGGAGAAGUUUAUGAGAGACCGGCGGAGAGCCCAGUCCCUGCCCGCCUACCCCGCGGAGCUCCUGGAGGGGGUGUCCGGGGCUGAGGGGAGGAAGCGCGUGAAGUUCGCCGACUCCAUGGGUCUGAACCUGGCCAGCGUCAAGCACUUCAGCACGCUGGAGGAGCCGCAGAUACCGACCAAGGUCCUGUCCCGUCACAAGAGCUUCCCACCGCAGCAGGACUUCCUGAGCGACCUGUGCCAGAGCCUCAAGACCAGCCUGGACACGGACCGGCUGGUCUGCUGCUUCCCGGACCCACGAGACCCGGAGCAGAGGGUCCAGCGGCUCCGCGUGUGUCUGGAGAGGGUCACCAUCAGCCACUUAGACGUGCGGGGUCAGAUCCGGGUCCUGACCGACUGCUCCGACAAAGAGGUGGGAAUGAGGUACACCUUCAACGACUGGCUCUCCCACGUGGACGCGCAGGCUCUGCCCGUGGACGUGGAUCAGCCGGGCUUCGUUGGGGAGCGCUUCGGUUUCACGGUGUACACGCCGCCCUUCAUGGACCCCGGCUCGGCCGUGCACUUCGCUGUGUACCUGAAGUGUGAGGAGGGGGAGUUCUGGGACAACAACGAGGGGCAGAACUACACCCUCCGGUACUUCUGCAUGCCCGACAGCGCGCCGUUUGUCAGCGCCGCUUUUCACGCCACCUGAGUGCUGCGUAAAAGCUGCAAAUCUGUGCGUAAAAGCUCCCCACCGUGCGUAAAAACCUCUGCACCCCCCACCUGAUGAAGGAAACGGUUUUCUGCUGCUUUUGUAAUCUUCUGAGAACUAAAUUCAUCCCCGAUCCUUCAUGAGCUUCUUCAGGACAGGGAACUUUGCAGUGUCACAGUUUCAGGACCUGGUUUUUCAUCCGGACUCAGAAACACCUUAGUUCAUCCUGGUUUUGACUGUGAUUCUGUUUUGCCUUUUUAAUGUUAAUCAGUGUUUGUGGAGGACACAGCUGACAUUGUGGAUAAUUGUCUGAACUUCUCCUGGAUGGAUGGACUUAGUUUGAGGACAGAGGAGGAGGAGUGUGAUCACAGCUAACCUCAGAGCUGCUCACAUGUUUCAGUCACAGACUUCCUGAUGCUCAAAGGUUGACAGUUUCCUGUUCAUGUAACUGCAACAAUCAUGUCGACAUUGAAACUGUGAUUACCUGAAAUAUCAACUCAAUCAGAGCAACUUUGACAUGUUUCAGUCGUCUGUGUAGAAAAGUUCACGUCAGACAGAAAUGAAGGAGAAAAGGUGGAAAUGUGUUACUUAGACUAAAGUUAUGGAUUUAAUUUCUGAUGAAAGAUGAUGAUCAAUAAAAAGAGUGUGUUCAUGAAAUGCACCCGUGGUGGUGUUUCUGUUGAACUGAUUUCUUUCAUGUUUCUAUCGAUUUUGUUUAAAAAUGAAAAUUAAACUGGUCAUUUUCUUGAAAGCUGCCUCUUCAGGACUCGGCUCCCUCCAUCAGUGUUUCUGUAUUUGGACCUGCUGUGGACCUGGUUCUGCUCCCUGUUGGCUCCGUGAUGAUAACACAACACGUCCUCUUAAUGCUGAGUGUUGUGAGACAGAGGUCAGAGGUCAAGGGUGGUCAAUCAGAAAAAUCACUCUGCACUCACCAAACAGUCAGAGGGUUCCUGGUCCCUCUUCAGACCCACCAGGUCCAAAACAAAGUUCAUCAUCUGUCUUUGCAAACAGAGAAACAGUCAAGAAAGGCAACAGUGGAGGAGGCCUCUCCACUGAAGGACUGGGUCCAGGACACUGGGCUCUGGGUUUUCUGGGUUCUGAAAUGUUAUCUUUUUGGAAUGCUGGUGAUCUAGAAUACUUGGUUCUAGACCACAGGGUUCUAGCAUCAUGGGUUCUGUAGGAUGCUUGAGUUCCAGAAUGAUCGGUUCUAAAACGUUGUGUUCUGGAACCCUGAGUUCUGGUAUGUUAGGUUCUGAAGUUUAGGGAUCAAAAACACUGGGCUCUGGGACGCUGAGUUCUAGAAUACCAUAUUCUUGAACGGGUUCUGGGGGAGUUGGUCCUGUUGUGAUAGAUUAUAGAGUCCCAAGUUUUGGAACACAGAGUUCCAGAAUGCUGAGUUCUGGAAUGCUGGGUUCAGGAACACCAAGUUCUGGAGCUCUGGGUUACAAGAAUCUUGAUUCUGGGGUGCCAGGUUCCAAAAUGCUAAGUUAUGAAAUCCUGGAUUCUGGGGAGCCGAGUUCUGGAACUACUGGUUGAUGAACGCCAUUUACCGGAAUGCUGGUUCCUGAUGUCCUUGAAUUCAGAAUGCUGAGCUCUAGAGUUCAGGGUUCCAGAGUACUGGAUUGUGAAAUUCUGGACCUUGGAAUUCUUUGUUCUGGAAUGCCAAAUUAUGGGGUUCUCUGUUCCAGGUUCUAGAAUGCCAUGUUCCUAAAGUUCUGUAAUGCGGUAAUCUUUGAACAGAGGGUUCUAGAAUUCCGGGUCUUGGACUUCAGCCUUUUUGACCUCUUACAAACUCAGUCCUUCUUUCUUUUUACUUUAAAAGUGACGACUGUCUCACCGCACGACUGAGUGAGCAGAUAUUUGAACACACCCACUGGUCCAGGUGAGAGUGGUCUGUAGUGAUCUGUCAACUUUUCACCGGGGUUAAAGUUCGGUGGUCCGACGCCGCUGAAAAAAGUCCUGUUGACCAACCUGACGACAUCUGUUUGGUCGGUCAACAGUGACAACAGAGCGCCGACAGCUCGAAUAGCAGGACUGGCUUUCCUCACUCAUUUCUGCGCCAACAGACCCGCUCUGAAAAACAGCUCUUUAUGAGAUUAUUCAAACACAACAGACAGAUGAUAAAACGGGUCAUCUGAGGACCUCAUCCUCAGGGUUCCUCAGCUGCAGCCCUACAGAGCCAGUCGUUGGAGAAUCAGACUCUUGUUUUAGAUUAGAGGGGACCUGGUCUAUGCUUCAGAGCAGCUUCUGAACUUCUUUACUCUCUCCUCGACUGCUGAGCGUCACAAAGCUCAAAGCUCAGAUUUGAUAAACCCCGAACAUGGACUCGUCCCCCAGAGCCUCCUGUCCAUGUUUUCAUGGAGGUUUUGAACUUCUCUGAGGCGUGGCAUCGUAAAACCUUUCUGAAAGUAGAAGACUUCAAAACUGGAUCCAGAUUUAUUCAGAGAUCUGAGGAGACGGAAGAAAGACCAGCACGUCCCUGAUUGGCUACAGAGGUCAGACCGAGUCCAUAGUCUUCAGAUGUGAGUGUAGGACUCGCCCCGAUCACGUUCAUGAUGCUGCAGAAGCAUCCAGUGUGUAUGUGUGUGUGUUUGUGUGUGUGUGUGUGUGUGUGUUUGUGUUCAUCUGAUGAAACUACAAUCACUCAUUGAGCAACAUGUGUGUAUGUGUGUGUGUAUGUGUAUGUGUGUGUGUGUGUGUUUGAGUUUUUGUGUGUAAGUGGGUCAGUGUGCUCAUCCUUAAACCAACAGACCCUCUAUUAAUAGCAGCUGCUGUUACCUGGAGGGUCAGUCACCUCCUCCACCUUCAUCUUCACCCCGCUCCACCUAAAAUCAGACCCACCCUCUCAGCAGCUCCAUCCAACCACGCCGUCAGAGUGUGUUUCAGAGUCCUUCACCCAAAAACACCACCAGGGUUCAAACCCGGCUUGUCCUCAGGUCUGUGGGACCAGAACUGAGAGAAGUGACUUUGACCCAUGAUCAGGACAGGACCAGGAACACGAGCUUCAAACCCCUGACAGUCAUUCCAUGAUAGAACGCGGAGAACAGGAAUCAAUAUAGAUCUCUUUUUUUAAAGUCGGAUCAGAACAGACCAGGAUGAGGGCAAAAAGACCGCAAAAAGUUAGACCCCCCCUCCAGAGAUGAAUGUUGUCGACCGCUUACUUCUCUAGUUAUACCAACUUUAGUAACGACCGCAGGAUAGCAAUACAGAGAGCCACGCCCCCAACCAAAACGCCACUCUA